CAGGCAGGUUCCCGGGCGGGCCCGCCGCGGUGUGCGGCGCUCGGCAGCCACACAAAAGAGCGGCUGCGGCUGCGGCUGCCCCGCUGCCCGGGACCGGCCCCGCCGCUGCACCGCGUAAUUGCUGGAAAUGAUUGUCAUGUAAGGAGCUGGCUAUGGCAAACAGGAAACAUCAAAGCACUACAGCCAGCAUGCUGGAUCACAGAGCCAGAGCUUGCCCGACUUCAUCUCACAACAGGGAGCCUGAAAAUGAGGAAAGUGACCUUCCCAUAGAAGAUUAUGCAGCAAAGGAGGCAGAACUAGCAACUGUCAGAGCAGGUAGUCCUACCCCUGUGGAACAUGAGUGCAAUGACCAUAGUGGAGAUGGCGACUCCAGCUCUGACUAUGUAAACAACACUUCAGAGGAGGAGGACUACGAUGAAGGCUUGCCAGAAGAGGAGGAGGGGAUCACAUACUACAUCAGAUACUGUCCAGAGGAUGACAGUUACUUGGAAGGAAUGGACUGCAAUGGGGAGGAGUAUGCUCCCCAUGAGGAACACCAUGUUGAAACAGAUGAAUGUCAGGAAGCUGUAGAAGAAUGGGCUGAAGGCAAAAUUCAGCACCAAGAUGAAAACGAGGUGAUGGACAGGCAAGAGUGGCAGGAAGGUCAAGAUAAUGGCAUUCAGAUUUUGGAGGAUGAAGCAUCAUCUUUGGAGAUCCAAGACCAAGAAGAAAACAUUCAGUACUGUCAAAGUGAAGGUGACUAUCAGGACUAUUACCCAGCAGAGGCUAAUGGAAAUUCCCAGGGAAUAUCACCAUACCAUUCUAGAAAAGAGGAUGCUGAGCUGGAAGAGCAGGAAGAGGACAUUGACCAGAUUGUAGCAGAAAUCAAAAUGAGUAUGAGCAUGAGCAGUAUUAACAGUACAACAGAAAUGAGUCCAGAGCACAGUGGGACUGAAAACAUGGCACAUGACUACAAAGAGACUUGUUCAAAGGGGGAAGCUGUUCACAGUGCUAGCAGGCACGAGGGGAGGCCAAAAUCACUGAAUAUCCCAUCUGCCUCUAAGCACAGUGCAGAUGUGCAUCGAGGUUUUAAAGCAAAGUCAAGAUCCCCAGAGGACAGACAGAAGUGGCCACAGGAGCAGAUGUGCAAUGGUUUAGAGCAGCCCAGGAAGCAGCAGCGUUCAGACCUCAAUGGCCCCGUUGACAACAACAAUCCCCCCGAGACAAAGAAAGUGUCUUCCUUUCCAAGUUUUGUUGAUGUUCCAGGGCCUUGUGAACCUGAGGACCUCAUCGAUGGAAUCAUCUUUGCAGCCAAUUACCUGGGCUCCACCCAGCUGCUGUCCGAGCGCAACCCCUCCAAAAACAUCCGCAUGAUGCAGGCCCAGGAGGCAGUGAGCAGGGUCAAGAGGAUGCAAAAGGCGGCUAAAAUCAAGAAAAAAGCGACCUCAGAGGGAGAUUCCCAAGCCUUGACUGAAGUGGAUUUGUUCAUCUCCACACAGAGAAUCAAAGUUCUAAAUGCAGACACACAGGAAACCAUGAUGGACCACGCGCUGCGCACCAUCUCCUACAUCGCCGACAUCGGCAACAUCGUGGUGCUGAUGGCGCGGCGCCGCAUGCCCCGCUCCGCCUCCCAGGACUGCAUCGAGACCACCCCCGGCGCCCAGGAGGGCAAGAAGCAGUACAAAAUGAUCUGCCAUGUCUUUGAGUCAGAGGAUGCACAGCUCAUAGCUCAGUCAAUCGGUCAGGCUUUCAGUGUGGCUUACCAAGAGUUUUUAAGAGCCAAUGGAAUUAACCCAGAGGAUCUCAGUCAGAAAGAAUACAGUGACAUCAUCAACACCCAAGAGAUGUACAAUGAUGAUCUCAUACACUUCUCCAAUUCAGAAAACUGCAAAGAGCUCCAGCUAGAAAAACAGAAGGGAGAAAUUCUUGGGGUAGUGAUUGUGGAAUCUGGAUGGGGAUCCAUUCUACCCACAGUUAUCCUGGCCAACAUGAUGAAUGGCGGCCCUGCAGCACGUUCAGGAAAACUGAGCAUUGGAGACCAAAUCAUGUCCAUUAAUGGCACCAGUUUAGUUGGUCUACCUCUUGCAACAUGCCAAGGGAUCAUAAAGGGACUCAAGAAUCAGACACAAGUCAAACUGAACAUUGUCAGCUGUCCUCCUGUGACUACUGUCCUCAUAAAACGGCCAGACUUAAAAUACCAGCUGGGCUUCAGUGUACAGAAUGGAAUUAUUUGCAGCUUGAUGCGAGGUGGGAUAGCAGAGAGGGGCGGGGUGAGAGUGGGACACCGGAUCAUCGAGAUCAACGGGCAGAGCGUGGUGGCCACGGCUCAUGAGAAGAUAGUGCAAGCACUGUCCAACUCAGUGGGAGAGAUUCACAUGAAGACUAUGCCAGCUGCCAUGUUCAGGCUCCUAACAGGUCAAGAGACCCCCCUGUACAUCUAACAUCUUCCAUCCAAGCUGAAGCUGUCAUAACUGAAGAGAAUUUUGUAUUUUGUAUGAAUGAAAGGCUUGGAAGCUGACCCGAGGACUCC